AGUUCCAGGCUCCGGGGUAAGGAGCACUGACCGGAAAGGGGAGAGACCCCUGGGGGCGCUUGGCACCCGCUACCAUGUGCGAGCUGUACAGCAAGCAGGACACCCUGGCGCUGAGGGGGAAGCACAUCGGGCCCUCAUGCAAAGUUUUCUUUGCUGCGGAUCCCAUCAAAAUAGUGCGAGCUCAGAGGCAGUACAUGUUUGAUGAGAAAGGUCAACAGUACUUGGACUGCAUCAACAACGUUGCCCAUGUGGGACAUUGUCACCCAGAAGUGGUCAGAGCUGCCCUGACACAGAUGGAAAUGCUAAAUACAAAUUCCCGAUUCCUCCACGACAACAUUGUUGAGUAUGCCAAGCGCCUUUCUGCGACGCUGCCAGAGAAGCUCUCCGUGUGCUAUUUUACAAAUUCAGGAUCUGAAGCCAAUGACUUAGCCUUACGCCUAGCUCGGCAGUUCCGAGGCCACCAAGAUGUGAUCACGCUAGACCAUGCUUACCAUGGUCACCUAUCAUCUUUAAUUGAGAUCAGCCCAUAUAAAUUUCGGAAGGGCAAAGAUGUCAAGAAAGAAUUUGUGCAUGUGGCACCAACUCCAGAUACUUACAGAGGCAAAUACAGGGAAGACCAUGCAGACCCAGCCAGCGCUUAUGCAGAUGAAGUGAGGAAAAUUAUUGAAGCAGCUCACAACCGUGGAAGGAAGAUUGCUGCCUUUAUUGCUGAAUCCAUGCAGAGUUGUGGUGGACAAAUAAUUCCUCCAGCAGGCUACUUCCAGAAAGUGGCAGAAUAUGUUCACAGAGCAGGGGGAGUGUUUAUAGCUGAUGAAGUUCAGGUGGGCUUUGGCCGAGUAGGGAAAUAUUUCUGGAGCUUCCAAGUGCAUGGCGAAGACUUUGUUCCUGACAUCGUCACCAUGGGAAAACCAAUGGGCAAUGGCCACCCCAUGGCAUGUGUGGUAACAACCAAAGAGAUUGCAGAAGCCUUCAGCAACUCUGGGAUGGAGUACUUCAAUACGUAUGGAGGAAAUCCAGUAUCUUGUGCUGUUGGCUUGGCUGUCCUGGAUAUAAUUGAACAUGAAGACCUUCAGAGCAAUGCUUCAAGAGUGGGAAAUUAUCUUAUGGAGUUACUGCAUAAACAGAAGGCUAAACACACUUUGAUAGGAGAUAUUAGGGGCAUUGGCCUUUUUAUCGGAAUUGACUUAGUGAAGGACCAUGAGGAAAGAACCCCUGCCACAGCUGAAGCGCAACACAUCAUCUACAAGAUGAAAGGAAAACGAGUGCUUCUCAGUGCUGACGGACCUCACAGAAAUGUGCUUAAAAUAAAACCACCCAUGUGCUUCACCAAGGACGAUGCGAAGUUCAUGGUGGACCAGCUUGAUGAGACUCUAACAGUUUUAGAAGAAGCUAUGGGAGCCCAAACUGAAAGAAUGAUCUCUGAAAAUAGUCCAUGCAAAACAAAGAUGCCUGAAGAAGCACAUGUGGAAUUGCUCAGUGGUAGCACCACUGACUCCACAGAAAAUCCCAGCAGAAAGAGAAAUGGCCCGUGCCCAAACAAGCAUGCACUGUUCAGCAAAAGGCUCAAGACAUGAAAAGGAGCAUUGUAAAGCAAGAUGAGCGUCCACAGUUGUAGAAAACGAGUGGAUACAUGUUAUCUCCUAAUAAUUCUAUUAAACCUUCUAAAGGUAGAAUUUUCCCUCAGCUUAGACUUAUAAAUAAAAGGUAAAUGAGUAAUACCAACAAACCAAGUGAUAAUCAA